AUGGCCUUCAAUGCCCGACCUCGCGGCUGGGCCUUGCCAGGCUGGAUUCCCUUCCUGCGCAUUGCUCAGGGCGUGCUCGCAUUACUCAUCCUGAUCCUGACUGCCGUGGCUGCCUCGAAGUUACUCGGAGGCGCCGAUACUUCGUUUUUGGUCACCCCCUAUCCUGGCUUCGGGUUCGCCUGGUUCGCCUUUUCCUGGACCAUCGUCUACGUCCCCAUCGCCACGCUCCUAUUGCCCAACCUCAACCCGAGAGUGAAGCCUCUCAUCAUCAUCCUGGUACUCGAACUGCUCACCACGCUUUGGUGGCUGGUCACAUUUGCCCUGCUCGCCGACAACAGCAGCUCUCUGGCCUCCAUCCUCAACACGUCCUUUACCAACGCAAAGACUGCUGUAGGAUUGACUCAGGCCAGCGCCGUCUUUGGCGCCGUCGAAUUGUAA